AUGCCGAUGUCUAUUCAAGAGAAGUUGUCGCCAUUCAAACUAAAAGAGUUAUGUAGGGCAUGUAUUCACCCGGAGACUGGCAAGAAGCUGCGAUGCAUGACGGUUGCAAUUGUCGAUGAUGAUAGUACAACUGCAUACUACCGUAUUUUCGACAGUUUUGCGGAGAUCGUGCAUCCCCAGUGGAAGCAAAAGAAAAAGAGAACGAAGAAUGAAGACGUUGCAAACGGGACGGAGGAGAAGAUUGGAGACGCAAACAUGCAAGCUAACUCAGAGUCGGAAUCUGAUGAGUCGGACUACGACUAG